AUGGCUUCAACAAUCCCAUGUGGGUCUUGUAAUGUUGGGGCAAUUCAGAAUUUAGGUUUGAUACCGUCGGUGAAUCAGAAUUUCGUAUCUGUUCGACCCGUAGUUAAGGCACCUAGAAGGCGUUUGUAUGUAGUGAGGGCCAGUGAAACGCGUGAUGGACCAAUGAAAAAGAUGGGGAUGAGUGAUGAGGAUUGCGAAGCUGCCGUGGUGGCCGGAAAUCCACCGGAAGCACCUCCGGUGCCCCCGAAACCAGCUGCACCCAUUGGGACUCCUGUCGUGCCUUCACUUCCACUCAAUCGGCGCCCUCGACGCAAUCGUAAAUCAUUGGCGAUGAGAGCAGCCUUCCAAGAAACGACGUUAGCACCUGCUAACUUUGUUUACCCACUUUUUAUUCAUGAAGGUGAAGAGGACACACCUAUUGGAGCUAUGCCUGGAUGUUAUAGGCUUGGAUGGAGACAUGGACUUGUGGAAGAGGUGUCAAAGGCCAGGGAUGUUGGUGUUAACAGUGUCGUGCUCUUCCCAAAAGUUCCAGAUGCUUUAAAGUCUCCCUCAGGAGAUGAAGCAUACAAUGAAAAUGGAUUGGUGCCUCGAGCAAUUCGGUUGCUUAAAGACAAGUACCCUGAUCUUGUUAUAUACACUGAUGUCGCUUUAGAUCCAUAUUCCUCAGAUGGACAUGAUGGUAUUGUCAGAGAAGAUG